AUGCAAGCCUCUCUUGAACUUGAUCAAUCUAAAAAUGGUCUUCCGAGGAAAGCACUAGUCUCCUUGAUAGCGCAUUGCGAAACCGAUCCCAAAUUAUCUAAUGAUAAAGAUAUCCAGGUGGUGAUAAACACAGGAAAGAGGAUGGGUCUUAAAAAAGAUUACAUUCCAAGAAUCAUACCACUAACAUUUUGCAAAUUGUAUAAACCAAAGGAUCUUAGAAUUUUGCUAAUCACCAAGGAUCCAUCCACAUUAUAUAGGGAGACACUAGAGAAGGAUGAAGCUACACAUGAAAUGUUCAAAGAGAUAAUAACUGUUAAGAACCUCAAACGUCGUUUUAAAGGUGCCAAGUUGAAUCAUUUAUAUAGAGAAUUUGAUGUCAUUGUCGCUGAUUAUAGAGUACAUCAUUUACUUCCAAAUAUCCUAGGUAGUCGAUUCUUCCACGGGAGUAAGAAGAUGCCUUAUAUGAUAAGAAUGUCCAAGGCUGUCAAGGUGAGACGUCAAAAAAUGGAGGAGGAAUGUGAUCCGAUAUAUGUGAGAGCUCAAUUAAGAAGUAUAUGUAAGAAUACCUGCUAUGUUCCAAACGAUGAUAACUGUUUGAACAUCAAAAUUGGGGAGAUCUCUAAGCACAGCGUUGAUGAGAUGAUAUCAAAUAUCCAGGACAUUGUUACUUUCCUUUCUGAUGCAAGUAAGAAGCCUCAAGGUGGCGUUAUAAAGGGUGGAAUUACCUCCAUGUUUGUGAAGACCAGCAACAGUGCCAGUCUGCCCAUUUACGAGAAACCUGAAGCAGGUCCCAUUGCACACGAGGAUGAGGAAUACGAGAGCUUGAGACUAUGA